CUUCAGCAAGGGCAGGGUUCAGACAACAGAGGAUGUGUCCAAGUGGGCGAAUUGAGGGGAGAAUAGAGUAGAACAUAAUAAAAAACAGGAUAACUGAGAGGACCACACACUUCAGAGACAGCAGACCUGUGUUCAGGCGUGACGAUGCAUCUGGAAAUACUUCCUCUGAGUGUGGCCUGUCUGGUCCUCUUCUUGUCUUCUGUUGCUAACGGAGAUCCAUUGAAGGUUUUGUCUGCUCCUAACUUGCUGCGUAUUGGAGCAACAGAGAACAUAUUUGUGGAGUGUCACGAAUGCUCAGGGGCAGCCAUUGAUGUUAAAAUAUAUGUGAAGACCUUUCCAGCUGGGGAUAGUGAUCUGGACUCCACAACUGUGACCCUAAACACAGAUAAUAAAUUUCAAGGUUUUGGUGAAAUUAAGAUCCCGGCAGAUGAAUUUAGAGAUGACCCUACGCUGAAGCAGUAUGUGUUCCUGAAAGCAAGGUUUACAGAUGGAACCAUUCUGAAGAAAGUGGUCUUGGUCUCCUUCCAGUCAGGCUACAUCUUCAUUCAGACCGACAAACCUCUAUACACCCCAAACAGUAGAGUUCAUUAUAGAGUGUUUGGUCUAACAUCUGGUAUGAAACCAUUUGGAUUAGCCUAUGACGAGGACUCCACGAUCAACAUUAAUAUUGUGACUCCUGAUGAUAUUAUUUUAUCAGAGGACCCUGCCUCACUGACUUCAGGAGUACACUCUGGACUUUACGUUCUUCCUGAAAUAGUGAGUACCGGGAUGUGGAAAGUGGUAGCCACAUUCCAGAACAACAAACAUCACAACUACUCUGCUGAGUUUGAGGUCAAAGAAUAUGUUUUACCUAGCUUUGAGGUUACAAUUACCCCUGAUAAACCAUUCUUCUAUGUCGAUGAUGAGAUGUUGACCGUAGACAUCAGAGCCACGUAUCUGUUUGGGAAAGAAGUGGAAGGGAGUGCUUAUGUGGUCUUUGGGAUGAUUGAUAAAAACAAGGAAAAACAUAGUUUCCCAGGCUCCAUUCAGCGAGUGAUGGUAAUAAAUGGUAUAGCACAAGCCACAUUAACUAGAACACAAAUCCAAGAAACCUGUCCAGACAUUGAGAAUGAGGUGAAGAGUUCCAUAUAUGUUGCUGUCACUGUGUUGACGGAAUCUGGUAGUGAAUUAGUGGAAGCAGAGAAACAAGGCAUCAAUAUUGUUGCAUCUCCUUAUACAAUCAAUUUGAAGAAGACACCAAAGUAUUUCAAACCAACAAUGUUCUUUGAAGUUCUGGUUUAUGUUGAGUACCCGGAUGGCUCUCCAGCCGCUGACGUACCAGUACGAGUGGACCCAGGUGACAUUGAAGUCACAACGACCAAAAAUGGCUUGGCCAGGGUCCUUAUCAACCCAUCUGGAUCUUCUCCGCGACUGGAUAUUACUGCAAAAACUGCUGAUCCACAAGUUUCAAACAACAGACAGACAUCAGCAACUAUGACAGCACUUCCUUACAACAGCGGGAUCGGCAGCUACCUACAUAUUGUUGUGGGCUCAUCAGAAGUUAGACUAGGAGAUGACCUCCAAAUCACCUUGAAUCUCAAUGCUCCAACUACCACUCGUGAUAUCACUUAUCUGAUCCAGAGCAGGGGCCAACUGGUGAAACAUGGCCGUUUCAGAGUGGCGUUGACGACAAUAGCAAUGACGUUACCAGUCACCAAAGAAAUGCUGCCAUCAUUCCGCAUUAUUGCUUACCACCGCGAUCGAGUUGAGGUGGUCUCCGACUCUGUCUGGGUGGACGUCAUAGACACCUGUAUGGGCUCGUUGAAGUUGGUUCCAGCCUCAGCCCUUCCCUCAGAGCCUCGACAAACAUUCCGCUACACCAUCACAGGCGACCCAGGAGCCACAGUCGGCCUGGUAGCAGUGGACAAAGGAGUCUACGCUCUCAACAACAAACACCGCCUCACUCAGAGAAAGGUGUGGGAUGUAGUGGAGAAGGCUGAUACAGGAUGCACACCUGGUGGAGGGGAGGACAGCAUGAACGUGUUCUAUGAUGCAGGACUGUUGUUUCAGAGCGACCUUAUCGGGACUGCGGACAGACAAGUCUUAAAAUGUGAUGUUUCAACAAGGAUGAGGCGUGCCUCUGCUACACUCGAUGUUAGAAGUACACUUGUGAGUGAUUACAAAGACAGCUUGCUGCGCCAGUGUUGUUUGGAUGGGAUGGCGGAAACGCCGCUAUCGUACAGCUGUGAGCGGCGCAGGGAGUACAUCUCAGAUGGGAAAGCCUGUGCUGAUGCCUUCCUCAAGUGCUGCCAAGAGCUAAACCAACGACAAACUGAAAGUAAAACUGCUCGCACGAAUUUACUGCGAACGGCUCGUAGCGGGCCGAGGGAUAUUAUCUUCAAGGACAGUCUGCAAAUUGGUACUCGUACAGGAUUUCCUGAAGGUUGGCUAUGGGUAGAUUACAAACUCCCUCUUUGCCCUGAAAACGAUCCUAAAUGUAAAACAACAUCGUUGGAGAAAAGGACGGCGUUGAAAUACUCAAUCACCACCUGGCAUCUUACUGGAAUCAGCCUGUCUCCGACCCAUGGUAUCUGUAUAGAUGACACAUUGAAGAUAGUUGCCCUGAAGAAAUUCUUCAUUGAUCUUAGACUACCCUAUGCAGCUGUCCGUGGAGAACAAAUUGAAAUAAAGGCAAUCCUUCAUAACUAUUUGUUGGAUGAUAUCACAGUCCUGGUAUAUCUGAAAGAGGUAACGGAUGUGUGCAGUUUAGCGUCAAAGCAAGAGGAGUACACCCAGACAGUCAGCGUGGCUCCCGAGGGCACACGCUCCGUGUCUUUCCUCAUAAUCCCUAUGAGGCAUGGCAAGUUUCCUAUUGAGGUGAAGGCUUCCGUUGGGGAUCUAGAAAUCGAAGAUGGCGUCAGAAAGGAGCUGCUAGUAGUGCCUGAAGGAAUCAAGAAAAAAGUCAAAGUGAAUAGAAACCUGAAGGUCAGCAAAGGCCAGAGUAAACAGGUGGAGAUUAUUACAAAUCCAAUUGAUGUGGCAAAUAUUGUUUCAAACAAACCGACCAUUUUAGAAAUAUAUGUUAAAGGAUCGCAGGUGAACUUGCUUGUGGAGAAGGUCCUGAGUGGCUCAUCUACAGGCCGUCUAAUCCGACAGCCCCGAGGCAACGGAGAGCAGAACAUGAUGAGCAUGACUCUACCUCUUAUUGCUGCAAUGUAUUUGGGCAAAACAAAACAGUGGGAUACAGUGGGACUUUCAAAACGUGAUGAUGCCCUUGAAUAUAUUAAGACAGGGUACCGAAAUGAGCUUGCCUUUCGGAAGGUUGAUGGAGCUUUUAGUACUUCUAUUGGUGCAACUGGUCUCUCAUGGCUGACAUCUUAUGUUGCAAAGGUGUUUAGCAUGGCCUUUUAUCUGGUAGACAUCGACAUAAAUAUUAUCUGCGAUGCCAUCAAAUGGGUCAUUCUACGCUCACAGCAGCCUGAUGGCAGGUUCAUGGAGAUUGGACGUGUAAUGCAUGGAGAGAUGAUGGGGGAUGUGCGUGGCUCAGACUCUGAUGCCUCCAUGACGGCUUUCUCGCUCAUUGCCAUCCAGGAGGCAAGGCCGAUUUGUGAAGACAUUGUUCGUAGCAUGACAGGAAGCAUAAACGCAGCUGUGGGUUACCUGGAGGGGCGUCUACCAUCCCUGACAAACCCAUAUGCCGUUGCCAUGGUAUCCUAUGCACUGGCCAAUGAAAACAAGUUAAACAAGGAGAUCCUCUACAGAUUUGUAUCCCAAGACUCUACCCACUGGCCAGUGGCCAAUCAUAAACUCUUCACACUGGAGGCCACAGCCUAUGCUCUUUUAGCUCUGGUCAAGGUCAAGGAGUUUGAGGAUGCUGCUCCAAUUGUCAAAUGGCUUAACACUCAGAGGACUGUAGAGGGAGGCUAUGGAUCCACUCAGUCAACAAUCAUGGUUUAUCAGGCAGUUGCAGAGUAUUGGGUGAAUGCUAAGGAGCAAGAACAUGAAAUGGAUAUAGAGAUUCAAGUACCACACAGAAUGAUCCCAAUGAGAAUCAACAAGAAAUAUACCUCUUGGACGACAUGGCUCAGAGGAAUUUACCCCGAAGUGAAGGUGACUGCCACAGGGUUAGGCGAAGCUACUCUAUCGCUUGUGUCAAUGUAUUAUGAAAGGCUCACGACAAACCAAACCUCGAAAAGCUGUGAGAGAUUUGAACUCAAUGUGGAGCUCAAAACAGACCGAAUAGCUGAGGAUGGAAAUAUAUACAUGCUUAAAAUAGAGAUCUUGUAUAGGGAUGCGGACAAAGAUGCAGGCAUGACAAUCUUGGAUAUUGGUUUGCCUUCUGGUUACACCCCUGAUAUAGCGGAUCUCAACCAAUUGUCCAGAGGACAGGACAGAACCAUUUCCAAGUAUGUUGUCGACAGAGUGCCAUCAAACAGAGGCUCCAUUAUCAUUUACCUUGACACGGUGUCUCACACACAGCCAGAGGAAGUGGCUUUCAAGAUCAGACAGACAAUGAAAGUUGGUGUCUUACAACCAGCAACGGUUUCUGUCUAUGAGUUCUAUAAUCCAGAGAAACAUUGUGUGAAAUAUUACCAUCCAGCUGGAGAUCGGGUAAAAAUGCAAGUUCGCUGUCAGGAAGAUUUAUGCAAAUGUAGCAGAGAGGAAUGCAGCAUGCAGACGAAGGGUGAAAUCAACACAAAGGAACGAAUCGAGAAGGCCUGUGACCCUGAAGCAAGAAUAGAUUAUGUGUAUAAAGUUACGAUGGAAAGCUAUGAAGAACAGAACUCCACUGAUGUUUAUAAGAUGCGGAUAAAUCAGGUGAUCAAGGAAGGAUCAUCUGAUAAAGAAUUAAAUGAUGAACUACAAACUUUCAUUGGUUAUUCUCACUGCAGAGAAAUUCUAAAUCUGGAACUGAACAAGAGCUAUCUCAUCAUGGGCAGAGUGAAUGAUACACUGAGCAUUGGUGGAAUUCAGUAUGAGUAUGUGCUACGGGAGAAGACAUGGAUAGAGUACUGGCCAACUGAAUUGGAGUGCCGGACUCCAAAGUAUAGACCUACCUGUGAGGGCAUAGAGGACCUACAUUUGAAAUUAGUAUUCGAUGGAUGCAUGGAAUGGAGAUAUGGGAUUAUGGAUUAGUGUGAAAUAAAACCCAGUCCACCGAAUCUGUGAUUUGCUUCCAACUCUGUAAAUUAGUCUUUUUGGCAUCUAGUUAUGCAUAAUACAAUCAUUAUAACCUAUAGCCGUAAAGUGGGCGCUAGGUUCAGCCUCACAGCCUCAUCAUUGCCCAAUCUGAAUGUUAAUUAAAACAGAUAAUAUCAGCACUUGUUUUAGUGU